AUGUCCACCAGUGGUGUCAAUCUAUGCAUCAAGGCCAUCCGAGACCUAUGGACCCGGAAGAGCGUGAAUAUCUCUAUAGACUUGGUCGGUGAACAGGGAAACACAAUCAAUACCUACACAACCUCAGACCACAUCAGUGGAACCGCAGCCAUUACAGUCGAGCACGAUGUGGACUUUGACCAUCUUAAUAUCACAUUUGAGGGUAUCUAUCGGGUGUACAACGAGCGAACCGGCCCUCCGCAUACCGAUCGACGAAUCGGUGCUUCCAGGACAUUCCUCAAAUUGCAAUAUCCUCUUCCCACCACCGUCUAUCCCUCGCCGCGGCAGUUCAAUAAGGGUGAAACUUAUACCUUUCCCUUCAGCUUUGUUGUUCCGGACUGCAUAGAACCUCCUGUUUGCACAUCGAAGCUCGAUGAGGCCCAUACACAGCUUCCACCGACCCUUACAGGCAGCAGCAGUGAUGAUUUCACUCCGUCUAUAUGCGAAGUCAUAUAUGCAAUUCAGGUCCGGAUAGUGCAGGGAUCCAGGAAGAAAGCACUAGCAGCCCAUUCGAAGCAAGUGAGGGUGGUCCCGGCCGAUAGUCUGACACAUUCAGGCCUAGGUGGAAAAGCGAAUGUGGAGGGCCAACAGAUCGAUCCGCAGAUACUCGAGCAAGCAAUUGGUCAGGUCACCUUAAUUGCGUCUCAGCCACCGCCUAUUCGGCCUUUUGCGCCAGAGUACGUGGUUUCGAAGGAUAUUUGCUCAAUUGCGGUGCGAGUCCGAUUCAAUUCCAUUGGUCGCGUACCUCCACCACGUCUGAAGACUCUUUGUACUAAGCUUGAGGUGUCAACCCCAUACACUUGCAAUCCUGAACUUCAGGUGAGCUGUCCUCCCACAGCUGGCACUGAUCAUUUUGUCAAGUCCAUAUCAUUGUCCUCUGUCUGUAUGAGGUCGGUGCAAUGGCAAUGGGCCAGGCGAAGUCAGAAAGAUAAUCUCGCCAAUGAUAAUUCCCGGCACCUUGACUGUGCCGAUGAGUGUUACGAGGCCUCGCUUGUCGUUCCGAUCACCCUUCCUAGGGACAAAGUUCUUGUCCCUUCGUUUGCUUCUUGUCUUAUCAGCCGGGCUUAUACCCUCAAACUAUCGGUCUCCUAUUCCUCCUGGGGUGCAUCGCCAUUCUGUUCAUCCGUUCGGCUCGACAUUCCAUUGAAGGUGAUCCCAAUUGAGGGUUAG